ACUGCGGCGCGGGGUCGCGCGGCGCCAGUCCCCAACGCACCGGCCGCGCGAGAGGCCGUCUUCACGCUGGCGUUGUUCGUGAUACCGAUCGGCCUUUGGGCCGAGGAGCAGGUGGUGCCGGACGGGAUGGGCACGGACGCCGAGCCCCCGGUCGGGCCGCACCUGCUGUCGCUCUCCGACGUCGGCACCCUCGGCUUCGACUGCUCGCUGAAGCCGGCGCCGGCGCCCGCCACGGGCGGCAUGCCGAGCGACCUCAACACGCCCGUCACCACCUCGGACCUUCCCGCCUUCUUCCCGAGUCUGCUCGAGCCACCACCUAUCUCAGGUACUUUACCUGGCGAUGAGUUAUCACUUGUGUGCUCGCCGCGGCGCCACAAGCACGAGGCGUCGCUGUCGCCGGGCGCGCGCGCCGAGGACGCCAGCAACGCGUCCAGCGCCAGCGCCUCGCUGUACGGGCCGCCCGCCGGCGCCAAGCGCGCGCCCUCGCCGCCGCUGCAGUGGCUGCUGCCGCCCGGGCCCGGCCCCGGCAGCGUCGACAAGUACUUCCAGCAGGAGUACGAGGAGCGCGUCGACCUCAUGCCGCCCGACUGCCAGCCCGCCUACUGCCAGCCGCAGGCCUGCCCGCCGCCGCAGCACUGCGAGUACCGCCCGCCGCCGCCGCAGCCGCAGCCGCAGCCGCAGCACUCCUGGGACCAGGAGUACGUGGCGCCGCCGCAGCCCACGCCGGGGCCCUCGGGCAUGCCCAAGCGCGAGCCCUACCCGAGCCCCGUCGGCGACCGGCCCGUGCAGCUCGCGGAGUACAACCCGUCCACGAGCAAGGGCCACGAGAUCCUCUCGCAGGUGUACCAGCAGAGCACGCAGCCGCUGAGGCUCGUCGCCGUCAAACCGAGGAAGUACCCCAAUCGGCCCAGCAAGACCCCCGUCCACGAGAGGCCGUACGCUUGCCCCGUCGACGGCUGCGACCGCCGCUUCUCCCGAUCGGACGAACUGACGAGGCACAUUCGCAUCCACACGGGCCAGAAGCCGUUCCAGUGCCGCAUCUGCAUGCGCUCAUUCAGCAGAUCGGACCACCUGACGACCCACGUGCGGACGCAUACGGGUGAAAAACCGUUCGCGUGUGAUAUUUGCGGGCGGAAGUUCGCGAGGUCGGACGAGAAGAAGCGGCACGCGAAGGUGCACCUGAAGCAGCGGCUGAAGCGCGAGCGCGGCGGCGGGCCGCACCACCACGACCCGCACUCGCACGGCUCGCUCUAGCCCUUCGCGCCCGCGACCGCGACCGCGCCCGCGCCCUCGCCCUCGCCCUCGCCCUCGCCCUCGCCCGGGUCCGAUUCCUCGCGUUCUAGCGGCUCGCCCGCGUCGCCCUGGACACCCGCGUCCGAAGAACAAUGAACUUUUAUAUUUUCACGUUGAAGUUAUAAAAUAAUUUCAUCGCUUAGGUGUAAAAAAUUGUCUUUAACGAAGCUUUAUUAACUCUACAUUUGUAAAUUCACUGAAAUUUAUAUAAUAUAUAUCUUUUUAUACGUAUUUGUAAUUACCGUGAUGGGAGAUGAGCUCGAUGUAUUUAUUUAGAUAGGUAGACUAAUUGAUUGAACUCGACUGGGAACAAGCGUAGAUGCGAACCGAUAUGGCCUAAGUGUCCAGUGAACGCGUCGGGAUCCGCGUCAGUGCGCGCAGGCGCAGGCGUUGUUUUUGCGUCGCUGUCGUUCUCGACGUAGUGUUAACACAUAUCUUUCUAUCUGGCGGUAGUUCUGUAGCUAAGCUUAAAUAUUUCUUGCAUUAAUGUUGGUGUAUGCCCGAUACGUUCAAGUUUGAUGAGUGUGCAUUGAAGUGAUCGUAGGAAGUGAUACAAUGAGCCUAUGGAUGGUGUGCGAGGAGACCUUUACCGCAUAUCAUAAGUAGAUCUAACGCUGUUUCUCUACGUUUAGUUAUAUCUACAUAUGAUUAAAAUUAAAUUGUGUAAUGGUAAAAGUUUCUUCAGCAGAGACCACUCUAACUAUUGUAGUUAUAUUAAUAUUCUUAUACUUUACAAAACUAACGUGAAACUGUGCCAUUAAUUUAACUUUACAACGUGCCACUGCAAUUUUUAUUUAUAUACUUAUACUAAGUGUAACACGACUGCUAAAUAAGUGAUAACUAUAUUAUUUUGUUUUAUAUUUCUAGUCGAAGAUGAUAUGAACGUGAGAAUGUCGACUAUUGUUUGUUUUAUAAUUAUGUACCUUUAUAAUAUUUACGUGAAAUCUCUAUUUAUUUAAAAUUAUUUUUCGACAGUACUGUCACGGUCUUCUCUUGCUCAAACGAUUUUAAUUUAACAAAAUUUGCUCAAUUCUGCUUGUUUAGACGAGUUGUAUUGUAAUGGAUCUGUAGUCCCCUGUCCUUCGGCUGCCUCACAAUAAUGUGUUAUUACUUGCAUCGCACUCGUUACUUUGAUCUUUCACUAUUGCGUUUCCCCAGUGGCAUAUAUUUUUAUAAUGUGCGUAUUAUAAUAGACUAAUCUAGUAAAUAGUGUAUGGCGGUAAAUUAUGAUCUCUUAAUCAUUAUUAAUUAUUUCAAGUACCUAUAGAGAGGGCCCCUAAUUUAUAAUACUCAUAAGUUUUUGUAUAGGUAUAAUUGUAUUACGCGUAAGAUUCGUUUCUAAAAUGUUAGGAUUCAGUUACUGUGAUGAUGUCUGUGUUGACUGCUGAGAUGACUGGUACGAUAGUUAUUAGCGGGCGCCUUGCGCGGCGGCUGACAACGAUAACAGGGAUCCAGACUUUAGAUGACUGGCGGGCCGCGGCCGCGACCGCACCGUAUUUACUAUUUUACACACAGCACGCCGUGGAGGGAGCCCUUAUGAUGCCAGUAAAGUAAAUUCACAUUGUUGUAGCUACCAACCUAAUGUAAUAUAAUUAGCUAUGAUUUAAUUUUUCGUCAUUAGUACAAAAUUCAGCACAAAUAGAAGUUCUUUUUAAAUACAUAAUUAUAGACGUGUUAUUAAAAUGUCUUCAACUUAUGAUACCUAUACUAUUGUAAAUCACUUAUUUCGUGUGAAUCACUUGUUACUCAUUGUUUACUUUAGAAUAAGUGUAAUGUUUCAUGAAAAGAAAUUAGCGCAACCGCAACAAGUGAAGUAAAAUUUUGGUAUUAAAAUGUAACCUGUCACCGACUACAGUGAUUAGAACACUACAGGGUGGGCCUUUCAAAAUUUUCGGUCGUUAUGAAUUUAGGAUAUCUGACAAUAAUAUUACUAACUCUUGCGCCUCCAAUCGUCACCGGAGCCCGGAGCCCGGAGCCCCCCAGACCGCGCAUCACACGAGGUGGACGAGUUAUAAUGUUUUACUGUUAUGACGAGACGAGGUCUCCGGUAGACAAGGCUAGCGUAGAUAGAUUUUAAAUAAAAGAGUAAUCAUGUUAGUCAAACGAGUGACAAUUGUAACGGAAAAGACUAAAUUCUUACACACUUUACGUAAUGUUGCAACGCGUUAACGUUAUUGAUGUUGGCGUUUGUGUAGUAGGCUACGAGUUGCGCCGAGCCGCGGUUGGAGAGACUUUACAUUGUUGACUUCUGUUACAACCCUCGGUGAUACGCAUCACUAUUUCAAUUUGAUUCCUAGAACUUAGAAAAUUUUCAAACGUAAACGAUGAACUAUUGUGGUGUUCACGAGAUACCUAGUGAAUGGGUACGAAAUCUUUACGAAUUUUGUGUAAGUAUGGUUAUUAAUUUAAGCUCUUAUGUAUUUCACCAGAGUGAAAGAUGUUGUUGAUGUUCUAAAAUAUAAAUAGUCUUAAGUACGUAGGUAUUGUUAAAUCUCACUAAUUUUUACUAAAUUCUAUUUAAUAUAUUUGUAAAUACACUCUGACUAAAUUUGGAUUUAA